UAAUGCGGGUGAAUGCUGAAUUGAAAGUCUCAGAUAUGGCAGCAGGGUGGAGAUAAACACCGGGAAGAUGGAUUACUGUUAUAUGUGAUUUUUUAGGUUUUAAUUCAGUAAAUUUGAGCCGGCGCUUGGGCUGCAGAAUUAAAAAUGGAAGCUGGAAACUUCGUGGCUAAAUUGAAUGAGUAUGUCCAGAAAACAGGCUCGAAGCUAAGCUAUGAAGACGUUGGAUCUGUGGGCCCAGAUCACAUUAAAACGUUUACUGUCAGAGCCGUCCUGAAUGGAAAGGCGUAUCCUGAUGGUGUAGGGAAGAACAAGAGAGAAGCCAAACAUAACGCAGCUAAAAACACCUGGAGAGAACUGUUUGUGGAUCAGUCUGAAGUUACUGGAAAUACAGUAGAAGCUCCUGCUACACCAGCGCACCAGCCGACUCCAAGAACCACCAACUAUAUAAGCUGGCUUUAUGAAUAUAGUCAGAGUAAAAGACUGGAUAUAAAGGCUUUGGAGGCAAUAAGACCUGGAGCACAUAGUGCUUUUUACUUCGUUGUUGGUGGUAAGACGUAUCCAGUGGCAACAGGGAAAACUAAAAAAGACGCUAAAGAGGAAGCAGCCAAGCUGGCAUAUCAUAAAAUAUGUGGCAGUAAAACUACAGAGACAGGAGAUGAGAAAAGCAGCGUUGCAUCAAGCCAACAAGAAGAGGACUUGAAUCAAAAUCUGUCCACCACUGGUGACAAGACAAAGAGUUCCAGUGUGAUCACAACAGGCAGUGAUUUUACAGUAACUAACUUCAUCGGGCUCCUCAACACCUACUGCCAGAAAGCAAAGCGCUCCCAUGAUAUUGUCUUGGAGAACAGAUCCGGUCCUCCCAAUAAUCCUCAGUUUUAUUAUAAAGUCGUGAUUGACAAAAAGGAAUAUCCCAUCGGUGAAGGAAAGAACGUCAAGGAAGCCAAACAGAAUGCCGCUCAGCUGGCAUGGUCUGCUCUUCAAGAACAGUCUGAUUUUGACAGCAAGUUGUCUCUGGGGUCCGCUGUGUCCGAUGAUUCUGCACUGGCGAGGCCGUCCACACCCAUAAGCGUAGAGGAGUCCUCUGACAAUAAAUCAAAAAGCGUGCCAACAGCCUCGAGUGAUUCCUUCAUCGUUUUUACUGAUUCUCCGCCUCCUGCCAAAGAUCAGAUUCGAAGCCCUGUAGGGAAGUCUAAAAUAAGAAUUGCAGCAAAUUUUCAGAAUGUCUGCAGACGCAGCAAAGAGGAUAUGGUUAACUUCAACGGCAAGAAUGAAGAAGAUCGUCCGAGUGAGAAACCAGAAAACCAGUCAGUGACCUCCAGCAAGUUUACAUCAGAAUUUGACUCCAUCAUUUGUCUCGGCAAAGGAGGCUUUGGCCACGUUUACAAGGCACGACAGAAACUUCUGGACAAGAACUAUGCUGUGAAGAUUGUUCGCUGCAAAAAAAAAGCUCUGAGAGAGGCGGGGGCGUUAUCCGACCUUAAUCACUGCAACAUUGUGCGAUACUACACGUGCUGGCUGGAGGAUUCAGGGUACCAAGGGGAGAGUACAGCAGACAGUUGCAGCAGCUCCCAGUCGACUGGUAGCUCGGCGAUCAUGUACCUCUACAUUCAGAUGGAGCUGUGCGACUCUAAAACGCUGCGCGUGUGGAUAGAUGAGAAGAACAUGCAGAAUGCAAAGAAAUCUUUGAAAGAUUUGAAGAGGAGAGAGGAGAGUCUGACCAUCGCUCAGCAGAUCAUCAAUGGCGUCGUGUAUUUUCACUCCAUGAAGUUCAUCCACAGAGACCUGAAGCCCGCUAAUAUCAUGUUUGGAAAAGACGGGGAAGUAAAGAUCGGAGACUUUGGUCUGGUCACUGAUGAGAACGAUGACGACGCUGAGAACCUGGUGGAGAGAACUGUGUACAAAGGAACGCCACCAUACAUGGCUCCUGAGCAGAAGGACAGGAAGACUUAUGACAGAAAAGUUGACAUCUUUGCUUUGGGGCUGAUUUAUUUUGAACUCCUUUGGCACCUCUCUACGGCACAUGAAAGGAAGGAGAUUUGGGAAGAUGUGAGAAACCAGAAAUUUCCUGACGGAUUUUUGAAAAAUUUCCAUCUUGAGACCCAGAUAAUCAAGUCUAUGCUGUGUGUGAAUCCAGAGGAACGGCUUGAAGCGAGCCAAGUGAAGACGGAGCUGCAGGAGUGCUCUCGUGUACUGACGGCACUUAAAGAAUCCCGGCAUGACAACAAGACUGUCUGAUUACUUUCAAAAGUCCUCAGCAGUUGUCAUCAGUGGGCCAUCCCAGUUAUUACAGGAUCUCCAAUUUAUCAGCUGACUGCAAAUAUUUCCAACACUAUAUAGGUGAACAUAAGUACUGCAUUUUUAUCAUGUUGUAGCCACUUUAGGUUAAUCUAGGGCUUCUUAAUGUAUCCUGUAAUUUUGCACUUUCUUCUUUGUGAAGGCACCUUUAAAAGCUCUUUAAAAUGGCAGGCUCAUUUCUGCAGCUCAUGCAAGUCCAUUGGUCGUAUUGAAAACUUGGUGUGAAGCAUCUUGCCACGUAGAGCAGGUAUCUUUUCUGUUUUCCACCUGACGCUGUUGUCAAUUUUACGCCAAGUGAUGAAUGCUUGAGUGCAAACUUGGCGAGCUUUUAUCUUACAAGGAUGCAGAAAACAACUGCAGUUUAAACCAUCUAAAACCUGUAGUAAAGUCUAAAGUAUGUGGUGCAGCAAUGUUUAGUUGAUGCAUUGCAAAGGUUUACAACAUACGAGGGAUACUGUUCUUCUUUAAAGGAUUCAUACCUCCACAGUUUAAUAUCUGAUAACGGGUAAACAGAUAAAGGGAUGGAGAGUGGAAGCUUUAAUUUCUGCAUAUCACACCGUGUCCUCACUGUGCCAGCAACAAAAUCAGAAUAUCCUGACAGCAUGCUAGCAUGACGUGGUGCUAUGUUUUGCCCUGCUACCCUGUUUCUCUCUCUCUGUCUCCCUCUUUUCUUGUUUGUUAACGGAGUGGAUCCCAAACUUUGUAGCCUGCGAACUGGCAGCAUGUCUGUCUCAAUUUGCACACCACACCACUGCUCCAGUUGUCCUUGAUACCUCCCAGAAGACUGCUUUGGUGUACUGGUUCAAAACUGGUGCCAUGAAAAAAAUCAUGAAUAUAUAUAUAUUUCAUUAGAAAUCCCCAAAAUGUUGGGCCAAGUCAUCAUCCAGGGACUUCUGCUGCAACCAGAAGUCGGAUGUCAGAGCUGUCACACCCUAGCUGAAUGUGUCCAUUUGCUGUGAGUUUUUGAGAGUAAGUGACAGAGCCAGAAAACAACUAAAUUUUGUAGAAACAAGCCCACGAGUAAACGUGUUUGGACAUGAUACACCUGCUCCACAAUCCCCAAUCAAAGUUAGCUAAUUAUUAUUGCAGCCAACGGAGACGCUAAGCCAUUAUGCAGUUAUUUGGG